GCAGUUGAAAGCGCCGUCCAACACGUGAGGCUCAUGUGACGGUGUGGAGUGUGUGUCUCCAGCCCAGAGACGUGCCUGCAGUCACAGGGUUUAUUUAACACGUAGUCAGAACCCACCCUCUCUCCUCUCACACAUCCAGCCGGGCGUGGAGCUUCCCCAGACACACAUCUACAGUCCGGACCUCAGGGUGACAACACUGCCCAACUCCCGGGAUAUCAGGACAUUAUACUUUUGCCUUUAUUUGGGGGUUUUUUCUAUGAUUUUUGGUCGCGACUGCAGACACAUUUGGAGCGUUUUGAAGGCUUUUCAAAAGUCAUUUCUUCGGGUUUCAUACUUUUAGCAAUAUGGAGAGGAUUACCAGCGCGCAACCGCCUCCCUGUGUGCCAAAACACCCAUCAAUGGAUAUAGCUGACAUGCAAGGAAUCGAGUUUCCCAUCUACGUGUACAAACCCAGGAGGGGAAUGAAGCGUGUGGAUGAGAACAAGGAGACAUACAAGUUGCCCCACCGACUCAUCGAGAAGAAACGACGUGACAGAAUCAACGAAUGCAUCGCCCAGCUGAAGGAUUUGUUGCCAGAACAUCUUAAGCUUACAACGCUGGGUCAUUUGGAGAAAGCUGUGGUGCUGGAGCUCACUCUGAAGCAUGUGAAAUCCCUGAGUGGCCUCCUGGAUCAGCAGCAGCAGAAAAUCAUUGCCCUGCAGAACGACCUGCAAAUCAGCGAUCAUGGAGGCGACAGUGCGGAGAACAGCGAGGAGAUGUUCCGAUCCGGAUUCCACUUGUGCGCAAAAGAGGUCCUCCACUAUCUGGCCAGCCAAGAAAGCAGCAGGGACUUGACUCCUUCCCAUGUCAUCAGCCACAUCCAAAAGGUAGCAGCCGAGGUCCUGCACCAUCAGAGCAGCCUUCACCCGGAGGAGUCCAUCCCUCAAGCUUCGGAGAAACAGAAGAAACCCGCCGGGGAGCCCCAGAGGGCGUCUGAGGGCUCAGCGAAGAACUGCGUACCCGUCAUUCAAAGGACUUACCCCCAUGUGACGGGGGAGCAGAGCGGCAGUGACACAGACACUGACAGCGGCUAUGGGGGGGAACAUGAAAAGCGUGACCCCAAAGCCCAGUGGUCAGAGAGCCACGCCAAGGAGGGGGGGCGCAAGCAUGUCUCAUCCGAGGCGACCUCUGGUGCCAUAAAGCAGGAAGGUGACGAGCCACGUGCCAAGAGGUCGAGGUCAGACUCCUCAGAGGACGAGGUGCUCUCCGGUCACAUGGCAGGAGGCCCCGGCAGCUACAUGAGCUUCCCCCCCAACCAGCCCCCCUUUUGUCUCCCCUUCUACCUCAUCCCCCCUGCAGCGGCAGCAGCGGCCUAUCUGCCCAUGCUGGAGAAGUGCUGGUACCCCGGGGGCAUGCCCAUUAUGUACCCGGGCAUGAGCGGUUCUCCGGGGAGCUUGACCCAAGAAAUGUCCUCUCACGGGAGGGCAGGAUCUCCGGUAUCCUACCAGGACUCCCCCACUCUUCACAAAGCUUUAAAGCAGGUCUCUCCAUUGAACUUGGAAACCAAAGACUGAACUGAUCUGUGUUCCUGUUGGAAUCUUACCCUCUGAAUGUUGAAGGGGUUUAAUGGUUGGCCAAUUGAGAAAAGGCCAACAAACGCACUGGUAUCCCUUCAAACCCACAGCCGAUGUUUGUCAGAACAUUUACCCCAGAAUCCGAAUGGUCUCCAGGACUUUUAGGGGCAACGUGAAGACUCGUAGAUCCCCUGUAAACACUGUGAAGAUGAUCAGUUUAAAGACACGAGUGCGCACCAUUUUUUGUACGGUUCGUCUACUACGCACUCGGUGUUGAAUGUCCGAGGUAAACACAGAAUGUAAGGCACAGAAAAGGCCCCGCAAGAUUAUUUGGACCUUCUUGUUUUUGCACAGACACCACUCUGUAAUGAAUGUAAAAGAUUGAACAACAAGCCCCAUGUAGAUGCUGCUUGAAUUAUCGUAGAGGAUCUACCUUCAGUGUUUGUCGCUCCUGUAACUUGCUACAAACCACUGAUUAGACUAGAAUGUUACCAAAAAAAAACAUUGUUGAGAGGCGUCACAAAAGACUUCUUUUAGACCCUUCAGAUCCCUUGCAGCUAAAUGAACAGUUGGCGGUGUUCAGAGAAUUCAGGGUGUUCACUGAACGAGGUGUGUCACUCAUGACAAGUGAUGUGGCUAUGCGCGCUUUUACGAUUUCAUUUGUGUCUCAUGACUAUUUGUGCAUCUAGAUACAGUUCCUGUGAAGUGAUGUCUUGUUUAAUUAUGUUUGUUUAUACUACUCAUACAUCUCUAUUUUUGAUACAUGACCCACUGAGUGUAUUCGUAUCGCCACCAGAGGAUGGUUGAGGUAGAAAUGUUGCUGUAUGCCAAGAGAACGUGUACAGUAUAUAGCGUUGUGCUUAACCCGGAUUUUUUGCAUCUUGCCCACAAAUUCCCGGUCAAGUUAAGGCCUGAUUUUUAGCUAAAGCUGUUGCCUUUGUGUGACGCAGACACGACGACAGCAGGCGUUAAAAUGUUUCUUUGCUUUAAAUGUUGUGUCUGUGGCAGAGAGUGAAUGUAACGCUCAAACAAAAAUAAUAGUUUUGUAUAGAAAGAGGUACUUGGGAUUUAAAUGUUGACAUGUAACAAAAGGAUGUUUUGUUGUACAUAUUUUGUAUAUAAAGUAUUAUUGAUAUAUAUAUUAAAAUAUUAAUAAAGCUUUUUUUCUCCCUGA